AUGGGGCAAACUGAAAGAAGAAGCUAUUCCCAGAAUAACCAGAACUACCGAUGCAAAAAGUUUUCUGAUAAUGUUAACCGCUGUGGUCUUAUGGACAUUGGUUGCUCAGGACUGAAAUUCACUUGGUCUAACAAUAGGCAGGGCAUGUCUAAUACUAUGGAAAGACUAGAUCGAGCUCUCUGCAAUGCUGAAUGGAGAACUGUAUUCCCUAAAGGAGCAGUCUGCAAUCUCCCUCGCACUUAUUCGGAUCAUUCACCUAUUAUGGUCCAUACUGAAGAUAACUUGUUUUCUGCUGCCUCUAAUUCCCUUACUUGGAAUAAGGACCUCAUUGUUCAAUAUAACAAAACUCUGUUUCAAGAAGAAGUUCUUUGGUUUCAAAAAUCUAGAGCCAAUUGGAUAACUCAAGGCGAGAGAAUCACUAAGUUUUUUCAUACUUCUGCUAUUAAUAGACGUAAGAAGUUGAGAAUUGAUGCCCUUAAAGAUGAGCAUGGUGAGUGGAUUAACAACCCCUUAUUAGUUAAAAAUCAUAUUCAAAACUACUUCAUUUCCCUUUUCAAUUCUGAGCCUGUUAGUAAUCUUGACCAUUGGUGCAAUAUUACCACUCAUAAAAUUUCGCAUGAUGAUAAUAAUCUUUUGCUGAGAAACAUUUCUACUGAGGAAAUUUGGAAGGCUGUCAAGAUCAUUAGUGCUUUCAAAGCCCCUGGGCGUGACGGUUUUCAAGCUAUCUUCUAUCAUAAAUUUUGGGAUGUAAUUGAGGUCAAUGUCUGUGAUUUUAUUAAGAAUUGCUUCCAAUCCAAAUCUAUACCCCCUGUAGUGAAUCAAACUCUUAUUGCCCUUUUCCCCAAAACUGUAAUUCCUGAGAAUAUUAAGCAAUUUCGCCCUAUUAGCCUAUGUAAUGUUUCUUAUAAAAUUUUAUCAAAAAUUUUAGUGAACCGUAUUAGGCCUCUUCUCCAGGAUCUUGUUGGUCCUACCCAAAGCAGUUUCAUUCCUGGUCGAUCCACCCAUGACAACAUUAUCAUUACCCAAGAACUGAUCCAUACUCUUAGAAAAAAAAAAGAUCUUGGUAGAUAUCUUGGUGUUCCCCUUAUUCACAGUAGGAUUAGCAGAAAUAUUUAUAAUGGAACCAUUGAGAAAAUCCAAAAAAAGCUGUCCUCUUGGAAAGCUAAAGCUUUAUCCCUCGCAGGUAGGACUACUGUGAUCCAGUCUGUUUCAUCUUCUAUACCUUCUUAUAUCAUGCAAAUUUCUAAACUCCCCCAAAGCAUUUGUAAACAAAUUGAUAAGCUUAACAGAAAUUUCUUAUGGGGUGAUCUUGAAAGAAGGAAGAAAGUCCAUUUGGUGAAUUGGAAACAAGUCUGUAAAGUUAAACAAGAAGGAGCUCUGGGUCUUAGAAGGGCUGAAGACCAAAAUCUUGCAUUAUUGACAAAAUUGGGUUAG